AUGCACUCGUCAACAGCAUUAUCCUCAUCGUCCUUGCCUUCGGCCUCAAACUCCCGUCCCCAAAGACCUAACAAUAACAACAAUAACAGGAAAAGCGGUCUGACCUCCGCUCUGCAGAACCAGAAGCAGAAUCAAAACCAAAACCACACCCAGCCUCGCCAGAACAACAGCUACAACAGCAACAGCAACCCCCGUCAUACCCAAAGGGCCCCAGAACAAAUCAACUCUCGCCAUCAGUCGACUCCUCCACAGCAGCGUGGUUACGCCAACAGCAACAACGGCAAGACUAGAGUUGGCACCGCCACCGGCAAGAACGUCUUUGCUGAGACUGCCGACUCUGGUGCUUUGAUGCGCUAUGUUCUUCAGCAGCAGCAGCAGCAGCAGCAGCGCCAGCAGCGAAACCAGUUCCCUCACCCCAACAACUCAAAGCCCUGCCCUCAGUCCCAGCCCCAGCCCUCUAAGGCUCGCCGAGUCCAGAGGCGUAGGGAGAUCGACUCGAUGACAGACUCUCUUGCCGGUGUCGACUUUGAUCUGGCCUUGAACCAGAGCCCACCCUUGAACCACUCCAGCCCCCCUUCGUCCUCUGACUCUGACGACUCUGAGUCGACCUUGUCUCGCUCCAACCACUUCUCUGGUCCCAAGACCUACCGCCAUCUCAUCAACAGUCCUCCUCAGCGUCCUUCCUCUGCCCCCACUCCCCAGGCGCACUCUGCCCAGAGAACCGGCGGCUUCUCUCGUGCUAAUUUGCCCUUCCAGGUUUACCCUUCUGUGGGGAUGAAGCCCCGUUCCGACUCUGCUGACAAGGUUUUGUUGGCUGAAAGGAUUCCCGCCGAGAAGAACGGACUCUAUGCUGGCCCCACCUUCCACAACUCUCCCGCCCCCACCAGCUUGCCCAUCCCUUCCUUUGCUCGCUCCCUCGGCAACAGCCCAGUCGAGCCCUCGGUUGAGAAACUCGCUUCUUCUCCCUUCUUUGGCGAAGCCGCUUCUCCUCAGCUCAACAGCAUGCGCCUUUGGUCUCCCCAGCAGUUGACCCCUAACUGGAGCGGACACCACUCAACCCCCAUGGGCAUGAGCUACAAUGUCCCUGAUCGAAUGGCCACCUCGAGUUUUGUUCCCCACGGCUCUGUCCCUCACGGUUCUGACCAGUUGAUGGAGAUUAGCCAGAACUUGCGCAUGCUCCUGAAGAUCCAGAGCCAGUAA